AUGCGCAUCUACAAAACCUGCGGUAGACAACCGCCAGAUGCACCACACCACCACAUCUUCCCUCACCUGCAUCACACAACACCAUCACCCACCACAGACAUUCAAUUGCCAACCCUCACGCAAGUGGGAAGUGUGCAUCUCGGUAGCGUCUCCAUGCGCCUUCUCUGCCGCAUGCAUAAUCCUAACCGGAAGACUGUCACGGUGCGUCAAGCACCGUAGCCUGGAAGGCUGCUGACUGACGUCACAAUUCAGUCCAGACACAGUCAGCCCAGUUGUGUGAGUGUGCAUGUGGAGUGGCGGACAGGUGGGCUGAGAGCCAGACUGAAGCGGCUCCCUCCUAACGUGACCUACGGCACUCUCGCGCAUGUGAGAUGAACGCCGCUCAACCCCCGUUGUGUGUGCUGGCGGGGCGAGGUCGCGCGUGUGACGCACUCGACCAUGUCAGUCACCGCGUCCAUCCCCCGCACCUGUCUACUGACCGGCUCGGACAGUGACUGGGGCCUGGGGAUGAUACCAGAGAGUGAGGCCGACGACUCAGCGCAUCUACCUCACUAUAAACAAUCUGACGCACUUGAAGCUUUCACGGCGCACUGCGAACCGUGGCUUGGACGGUUGUCAACUGACGGGAUAACUUGGACCUCGCAGUCGGCCCAAUGUUGUGUGUUUGUGUGGUGCGGCCGUCUGGUAGUCUAGCAGUCAGGCUGCAAUGGUUUCUUUUUAAUGUGGCCUUUAUGGCAUUCUCGCUGUGUGGAUACCAGUUGGGUGCCGGCGGCACACCUAGGCGCGGCUUCGGCCGCGCCAGCCCCUAUUAUUUUGUCGUUGUUGGUUAAAAUCCUGGUCAUUUGCUUUGUGGACCAGGGGACAGUGGAGUGGGGCGCCGAGGUACCGGAUCGACUUAGCCAUUCACCUGCGCCCUCCCCUGCUUCCGGGCUUCUUGAUUAUGUCUUGACACCGAAUCUGGUGGGGGAGGAGGAGAUAGUGUGGCAGAUGAAUCGCAAGCCUACAUUCCCUAUAAACGAAUUCACGCACAAGUCGUCGUCCUUUCUCUACCUCGCUGUGGUGCAUACGGUGGACAUCGUCGGAAACGGCGGUCGGACUGUCGUGCAUUGGGUUUGGGAAAAGAUAUCUGACAACUCUAUCGAUGGACGUCCAGCCAGACAGUCACCGAAGAUCUGAAAACAGGAUGUGAAGGUGUUUAUUUAAAAAACGUAGCCAUGGCACUGGCCAUCCAGAGUAAGUGCAUGGGGCUUUCUUUACUUACAAGACAGUCUGUUUCCUAUCUUUCACAGGGGCCGUAACAUUUCACGAGACACAACCUUUGCCGUGUCGACAGCUGAUUAACAUGACCAAGGACACUAGGCAUUGAAACUCAAACAGGUGUGGCAACGGACUAUUUCAGCACUCUGAGUAGUAGGCAGGUUAAAAUCAACAUUAAGUAAGACAGGUUAAAUUGAAGUGAUCGUAUUUCACCUAAUACUUUCCAUUUACGAGAGUGAAAGAAAGAGAUGAAUGUAUAUGAAUUUGAAAUGAAGGAAAAUACAGAUAGAUUCGCCGAACGUUUAGCAGUUCGCAAACAUAUAAACACUAAUUGCGUGAAUGGAAAAACCUGUGACAACGAAUCGCCGACGAGUGAUUUUCCAUGCGUGCAAUACCAAACCGGAAAUCGAGACUUUCAUCAGCUCCCACUUAGAAAAUAUGUUAAUUGAUUAUUUUGUUAUAACUAAAAUAGUGUUUACGGCACCGUGCAUGCCAAAGUGGAGACUUAUAGAAAAAUCAUCACAGAUUGCAGUUUAAAGGAUGGACCAUGUUCAAAUGCAAAUGUGUUAAAUUCGGAAUUAUUAAAAGAGAGGAGGAUCCGCCUUAUUUUAGAAGCAUAAUUGACAAAUUACUGAAGAUACAAAAAUAUUUACACAGUUAGGAACAUCUGUUACAGGGGCGCUCCAAGUUCUAGCUUCUUUAUUUCCUUCUCUUCGCGCGUAAGACAGCGUGCCAAGAAUGGCAACACUGAAUGGUGAUGUUCCGAUGCAUGGCAGGAGAUAUGUCGAAAGUCACUGCGCAUGGGGUAAAAGGAUGUCGUAGAGAUUAGUUCAGAAUUUAGGAGGUAGGCACCGUCACCUAGAAUUCGACCAGCAAAUUGCUUGACGGUUUUGAAAUGUCGUUUAUUGAAAAUAUCAACCAAAAGGACCUAAGAAACACCGGCAGCAGAAGAGGGCAUUCGGAGAACUCGUUUUAAAAGAAACAGCUAUUUAGAAUGCUAUUACCGACAAAGACAAUGGAGACUGGAAUGGUCACUUCUGGCUUAUUAGUUAUCGUCAGCCAGCCAUACCCAACCCUGAAGUCUGGAACAUCCGAAGCUUGAACUCGCGACCUUCUAGUUAGAGGUUUCGCCUCUAACCACUGGGCCACGAGCCCGCUGCCCUGUCAGUUUCGAUCGGGAAUAUACUAUGGUAGGGGGCGCUCACCGAUCGUUCUUACUGAACUUACUCGUUCCGUUGUGCCUUAUAGUCUCUCUCUCGAGCCCAGCCAGCAGCAACACAGUGGCGCAUGAUAUAGGAAGAAUGCCCUCCCUUGUCUUUGUCGGUAAUAGCAUUCUGCCUAUAUUAUGCGCCGCUGUGCGGCUGCUGGUUGGGCUCGAGAGAUAGCCUUUAAGGCACAACGGAACGAGUGAGUUCCGUAAGAACGAUCGGUGAGCGUUCCCUACCAUUAAGGAGGCUAAGCCGACUAAAACGUUUGACAGGUCGACACACGCACAAGGAGCAGACGCAACUGCGAAAGCGUGACCAACAACCACAUUGUUUGCAUACUUAGCUAUCAGACAGUUGUUUAGGGGUCUUAGAUCAUCAUUGUGGAUGGAGAUAAGGGAUAAAAUGAUACCUCGAAGAACUCCACAGUCACUGGAAAGGACUGCAGAUUUCCGUUUGCUGGACUGGACAAAUUGAGUGCAGGAAGUAAAGUAAUAACCGACCCAAGAGACGACUCAGCUUGUAGAGUCGUACGCAGAUGUUUUGACAAGGCGAAGAUGGCGUGGGACGGUAUUAGAGGCAGACAAGUAGUCAAGAAAAUCAUAUGCGUGUGCACGGUAACACUUAUCAAGUUCUUUUAGGGCCGAGUGGACCACAAGAACAACAGCAUCUAGAGUAUCAUAUUUGGCUUUAUACGCAAAUUGCAAAGGAUCGGAAACACCGGAAGAAAAUGGCUCUAUAAUAUCGAGUACAACUCGUUCAACAAGCUUCAGUAUUGCGAAAGAACUGGCAAUUGGACGAAAAGAUGUAGCACAAAAAUUAGCGGUUUUAAGGAAUAUGACUGAUUCGUAAUGUACACCAAGCGUCAGGAAUCUUAGAUUACAUGAAAAAUGUGCUAAUAAGGUGGGUUAAAACAGGGACUAUCUGAGAAUCACAAAAUUUAAGGCGAAAAGUUAAGACACCACCCGGCCCGUCAGCUAUUGAUUCGCAGACCUUUUUAAGGCGUUUCUCUACUCGUGCCAGAGAUACAGGUGAGAAGACACAUUGUAGUUAGAAAAUGCUGCUUGAAGGAGGAUCAGAGCCUUUGUGACUAAAGAUAAUACUUUUAAGGGAGUCAACAUCAGUAUCCACAUGUUUCAGUGUGCUCCGAUGGUCAGUGCGAUGCUUGUAAUUCCCAAGAGGAGCGGAGAGACGAGUCCCAGGACGCAGCCGUGAAGAAGGAUACACGAUCGCUGUAACAAGAACUUUAGUUGCUUGACGUUUCGGAUCCCUGCCCGAAACGAUCAUCAGUGACUAUAGCAGAUUAUGAGUUCGGGCAGGAAUCUGAGACUACAAGCAAAUAAAGCUCUUGUUACAGCGAUCGUGUCUUCUUCUUCAAAUUUCGGCAGUGGAGGGAGGAAAAGAAGGGACGCGGCGGCAUGAGCUUGACAAGAGUUUAGAUGGAAACUAUCCUCCCCCUUCCCCUCCUUGCGCCUUUACCAAUGUCAGCAUUAUUUCUAGUGACAGUUUACAAGCCAGGCCUAUGUUAAUUCGCGUAUUUAGUAAGUCUUUAUGGAAGGUAGAGCCUACCCGUCGACCAUGUAAUGCCCUCAGCGAUGAUCGCACCGAAAGGACAUAUGGCUCACAAAGGCAGACGAAAAUGGAGUUGGCUUCUCAGGUACGUCAUUAAUCGAAUUUACCAGAUGUCGUUUAGAGCACGAGACUGUCAGGGUUUUGGGUCUCAGCAAUUAAUAAAUUUGACUUUUUUCCGGGCUGAAGGAUGCACCCAUUUCCUGGAAGGCAAUUUAGAGCUGGUUAGUGAAUUUUCCCACCAAGGAUAAUUGCUCAGCUUCCUUCACCACAUAUCUGCAAAGAUACACUGCAGAACUGGUGAGAACGUUUAAACUAGUGGCAUUUUCUAUCCCAUAUUUAACAUGUGUCUGGGAUAUAUAUCGUCCUAGUUUUAAAAGAGGUCUGCUCAAAAGUAGCUUACUUGGGGAUUUCCUGAGAAAUCAUUUUAAGGGCUCUCUCCUUGGUUUAUCUGUCAAACUGUACCCUAUCUGCCUUCAAAUGUAGUCUACAACCUAAUGCGUCUCAACAUUUCCCACGAAACGUUCUCUUUUAUUGGUAUAGCGCAACAAGUGUUGAUAGAGUUGGCAGGAGACGUUUCACAGUAAUGGUGGCGGAGUUUUGUCGCGCAAGAUGCCCUUGAGCAGCAUGCUUCUGGCGAAUGCGUAAAAUAGAGUGGAAUAAGAGUGGGAACAAAAAGACGAUGAUGAUGAUGAUGAUGAUGAUGAUGAUGAUGAUGAUGAUGAUGAUGAUGAUGAUGAUGAUGAUGAUGAUGAUGAUGAUGAUGAUGAUGAUGAUGAUGAUGAUGAUGAUGAUGAUGAUGAUGAUGAUGAUGAUGAUGAUGAUGAUGAUGAUGAUGACGACGACGACGACGGGGAUGAAUCACACACCUUAGAAACCUAG